UUUGGCAUUCAUUCGUUUGUUUGUUCAUUCUUUCUUCUCUUUUCUCUCGCGUCGCAUCGACAGCUCCUCAUCUACGGCGUCAAGGAUUCCAUCGAUCGAUCGAUCCAUCCGCCAGGUCGUCAAUCGCGCGGCGCUCGCGGCAGUCGCGGCGCGGCUCGAUCGGCGGCACGGAAAGAGGUAUGUGGAUUUGGGCGAAAUCGCGGAGAUUUUCUGGCAUGGGAAGCGGCAGCAAGGGCGGGAUCGAAGCGGAAGAAGCUGCCUGUGAUGCGUGACGCAAUGCUCGCGCGGAGCAUUGGAGCUCUCCUCUCCAUCGCCGAUGAUGUCCUGUCGAGCCUGGUGGAUUAUCGGAGCAGCAAUCGUCUAGGAUUGGAAUUGGAGCAGGGAGGAGGAGGAGCGAUCCAUAAUCUGGCCAGGGCGGGUGUAAUGCAGGAGGGAUCGCCGAGUCCGGCCGUGGAGACAGGGAAGCUCUUCAAGGAGGUAUCCAGGGCAUUUAGCGGUAGCAACCAAAAGGAUGAAUUCCUGGUCGCGUCCACCACUAGCACGACGAGCAGCUCCUCGUCGCCUCAUGCAUUGCUCGCGUCCAGCGCGCAGCAGCUCAAGCACAGAUUCAAGACGUCACACAAGAGAUCUCGCCUCGAGGAGCUCCUCAUCGAGUCCACGCACUCGGAGAAAUUGGGAUCGUCUCACACGGCGCUCCCAGGGUCAGGGACAGGGACAGGGCUGGACAAGCUAGUCGUGACUUUGGCACUGCUUUUAUCCUCGGCCAUCUUGCUCGUGUGGUACUUGACGCCGGCCGCGGUACUGGUUUGGGCCGUCCCGGCAGCGAUGGUGUCACUGGCGAUUUGGACGAGAUUUGUUCGCUGCGAUCCGCCGAGUUCCAGGGAGAUUUGCGUGCAAGGGCAGUGUUCCGGGUGUAGAGUAGUGAGCCAGGACAAGCAAGAGGAGGAGGAGCAGCAGCUGGCCCAGCGAGCUCAUCGUGCCAAGCAACAAUUCAUGGCUUAUGUGUUCCAUAACAUAAGAGUCCCUUUCAAUGCGAUCGUCCUGGGAUUGGGUCACAUGCGUGCUUCAGCGUCCGGGGAUGACUCCAGUUCCGGGGAGCUAGACUUGGUGCAACUAAUGCUAGACUGCGCCGAGACAAUGACAAACGUGCUUGAUGAUGUUACUGAUAUGGGAAACUGGGAGGAGGGGCGCAUUGAGCUUCACCGAGAUGUGUUCGACUUACUGGCGGUGGUGAAGUUCCUGGCGUGGGGUUUGAAAGAUUUGCUCGAGCAGAAACAAAUAUCUCUCAACAUUGAUAUCGAUCCGGUCGCCAGCAAGAUUUUGAAGUCCCACAACAUUGUCGGUGACAAGCACCGGACUGUACAGACGCUAGGCAAUUUUCUCAGUAAUGCCGUCAAGUUCACGCCUACCGGGGGAAAGCUCGACCUGGAGAUCAAGUGUCAAGAGCUCGACGGGGUCCCGGUCUCAAACUCCAAAGGCUUUGAGACCGACGAGUUAGAGCACAAGUCCCUGGAGCUCUUUAUUGCCGUCAAUGACUCUGGCGCAGGAAUUUCCUUAGAUGACCAAGACAGACUCUUCGAAGCGGACUCUUUCAUAUCGUCUCCUUGGGUCCAGAAAGCUGGUGUUUCCGGCCUGGGCUUAAGUGUUGCGAAACGCUUCAUCGAACAGAUUGGUGGUCAGAUCGGGGUACGCUCGCGGGACCAAGGAAGUACGUUCUUCUUCUCCGCUCCAUUUCUGCUGGUUCCGAUACAAAAGCGCACGAACUCGUCAGUCCCGGCCUCUGGGAUCUUCUAUAACAUGAGGUCUACAGACUCCGUAAGCAAAGAGAAGCGAAAGUUGGAACGCCUCAGUGACCUUGACGCCCAACUCAAGUGUUCGCCGGGUGCUGUGCUGCCACAAGACGCCUCUCCGUGCAGGAGAAAGGUGCUGCUAGUGGAAGACACGCGGAUAAACAGAAUUAUCUUGCGGAAGGUUCUUCAGAACCUCAAUCUCCAAUGCGACGAGGCAGAGAACGGCCAGAUUGCUGUCGACCUGCACAGGCAGGGCAAGUCCUACGAUCUGGUGUUGAUGGACAAGGAAAUGCCUGUCAUGGACGGACACGAGGCAACUAGAGCUCUGAGGAUGAUGGGUGUGAAGACUCCAAUCGUGGCCUUAACUGGCAAUGCUUUGCAGUCGGACAAGGAGCUCUUUUUCGAAGCCGGGGUGAAUGAGUUUCAAACAAAGCCUUUGUCUAGAGACAAACUUAUCCAGCUCCUGGCAAGAUACGGAGUUGAGAGCUCAUCGCCACCGGUGGCUUUGCAACUUUGUCGCGAGUAAGCUGCCCAGCGACGAGCGAUCAAGGAGCGACAACAUACAGAGUUUUCAAGGGAUUGUCUUUUUGGCGGGACAGGCAAGCCCGGUUGGGAAAUUUGUAUAGACUCACUCUAUUAUGUACAGCUUUUUAGUGGAGCAUAGGAAUCAAAGAGAGGGACGAGAGAAAAGAAAGAUAGAAAGAGAGAAGAAGAAAAAAACCAUGGAAGCUCCAUUCAGCUGAAACAAAUGGAAAGAAGGAACUUAGAAUUUUUCAGUGCGCUAUGUCUGGAAAGGAAGAUCUUGGAGCUGUUUCAAUACAUCCCGGCUCUGAGAUGGCGGUCAAGUCUCUCGGCAUUGAAAGUUCCCGGAAUCUCGUGAAAAUCAUCGUUGAAGAUUGAGUAGGCACUGCACGGCACGUAUCCUUGUGAUCUGGAAUGGAAUGGAAGAAGUCUUCGUACC